AUGGCAACGAAAGGAAAAUUCCCUGCGACAGCAGGAUCCAUAGUUGUUCCUUAUGGACAUGUGACUGGAAAUGAGAAGUGGAGAGGGUCAGAGAUAGCCCGAAGGCUACAAGGGAAAGUUAGACUUGUCUUUGAAGAUGGCUUGGGGCUUGUGGAUUUUCAUCUUUCAAACAGAACUUGCAUUUUAUAUAUUUCUGAAGCAGAUUUAGUUGCAGGGGAUGAAUUCAAACGAAGAUUGGUUCGAUUUAGAAAUGCCAGCAAUCUUGGGGGAAUUGUAAUUGUAGAGAAGACCCAAAUAAGCGAUCAGUACUUCUUAGCAGUACAAAAGCUUGUUGUGCUAGAACUUGGAAUGGUGUUGCUCCCUGUGGCAAAUCAAGGAGAAGCUUCUCAACUUAUUACCCAGCUAGUCCGUGAACAAAGUAAGGAUCACAACAGUAACCGCUUUCUUCGUAAGCAGUGUUCUCAGCUGGCAGAGCCCUCAGUGUUCAGGACGGUGCAACAAAUUCCAGGAGUUGGGAAAACAAAAGCUCUGCUUUUACUGCAGCAGUUCGGAAGCAUCCACCGGCUUUGUAAUGCAUCUCUGGAAGAGCUUGAACUAGUAGUUGGACAAACGGUAGCACAACAAAUUUACAGUUUUUUAUGCUUCAAUCACUUUGCUAUGGAUUUCGCAUCUAAAG